AUGCUGCUGCGUCUGUUUGUGUGUUUUGCGCUGCUUGCAGCGCUGCUUCCUCAACACUGGGGUGCACAUGCAUUUUUGCAAUUCCUAACACCUAAGAAGACACCCCCGCCGCUAGUGGGCCACGUCACGCCGUACAUUGGUCCGCUGCGCAGCGAUCAUGGCGCGGAGCGAUUCGUGCAUCCUCGCUUCCAGCGUUUCCUGCGUGCGGAUCAGCAUGUGCAGGAAAAAACGGCAACUGCGAUAAUCGGUGUGACGGAGUCGAAUCAUGUUGCUGCCCUGAACCCGCGUGACGGCGGCGUGGUAUGGCGCCGUGCAUUUCUCCAGCACGAAAUACAGGGCGUGUUUGCGAUGGAGGACGAAACGAUAGUGCUCAGUGGCGAAGGCGGCGAGCAGAUAGAAGGUACGCUUGGGCGGCAGGGCGCGUCUUUGUGGAGACACAAUACCACGAACCGCUCCUCGUCCCUCGACCGCAGCCAUCUUGCGUAUCCCGGCGUGGAUGUCGCCGGACAUGUGCGCGAGACGUUUGUGCUGACGAAUGGCCACGAUAUCCACCGCAUCCAUUCGGGCUCGUACAUCUGGCACUGGGCGCCCGACGCUGAUCUUGAUCGUGUGCAGCUCUCGCGCUUGAUCGUGUACAAUGAGCGCGUAUUUGCCGUGGGUGCGUACCGCCGCAAAUCUGUGUGGGAGCCGCGCAUCUACGUGCUGUCCAUGCAAGGGGAGCUGCUCAAUGUGCAUGAUGUGCCGGACGAGGUGCCUGGCGGCGCAAGCAACAUCCUUGCGCUCCCCUUUACAAAAAAGGCGCACAUCCCCGCCGAGUUUCAUGCGCGCGGCGGCGGUCCGCACAUCGCGUGGCUUGGCAAGGACCAGCGUGUGCGCACAUUGCAAGUAGAUGCGCUUGCGCCAAAAGACACGCUGCAGAAGACCAAGGCGCGCGCGAGCCACUUUUCGCGUCUGGAAGACGUCGGCCUCGGCGACCGCGGCUUUUUCGUCGCGGUGCGCAACGACGCGAAAGCCGAAGUGCUGCACGUAGACGAGCAGGGAAACAUGCGCUCCGCACACGAAUUUGAAGAGAUUGCGGUGGAUGCUGUGUACGACGGCACGCUGGACCGCAACGGCCAUGCCUAUGUGCUGCGUCUGCAAUUCACCGACGUCCAGCACAUGCUCAACCAGCACAUUUUCUGGGCAGAUGCAUACACGGGCGAGCACCGCGGCCAAAUCACGGGCUACUCGUUCCAGUACGACCACGAUUUGCACGGCCGCGUCCAAUCUGCGAGCUUCGAAGUGAACAAGAUCGGCGAGGCGCGCGCCGCCUCGCGCCUCAUAUUCCACACCGCCUCUGGCGCAGUCAUCCAAGUCCAGGACGGUGCGUACCAGUGGGUAUUGGAAGAAGGCCUUGCCAAUACGCAGCAUGCGCUCAUGGUCAACAUGCCCGACAGCGCACUGGGCCUUGCUGCCGUCUCUUCUGCACACGAGCGCGACGCACACGCCGCGCCGCUUGCUGAGCUGGAGCGCGAGUCGGUUUUCCAGCGCGUGGUGCGGCACCUGCACGAGCUCGUCGUAGGCAUUCUGCGCAUCUUUAUCGACAUCCAUGCCGCCUCGGGCCUGGACAAACUCGUGGCGAUGCUGACAGAGGCGCGCCAAAGCAACGCGCCCCGCCAGCUGCAAACCUACACGCCGCUACAGCUCUCCAAGCACACACCUAAGUCGGGCGCGCCGCGCGUAGUGAGCAACGACACGGCCGCGACUCUCUUCCACGACCGCUUUGGAUUCCGCAAGAUGCUUGUCGCCACCACGCCGUACGGAAAAGUGUACGGGAUCGACCAGGAUUUGACCACGUCGACGCUUGUGUGGGCGCGCAGCCUCGUGGGAUUCGGCGACGCAGUCCACGGUGGAGCGCCGCGCGUAAACAUUACGCACCUCAUUCCGCUGCGGGCCGCCGGCGUCGUGGUUGAUGGCAAGGCAGCGCCUCCGGUGAUGGCCAUUGUCGCGCAAAUCACACAGGGCCGCGAGACGGAUACGCGCGUGUUUGAGCUGAAUCCACUUACCGGCGAGGUGCUGCGCGCCUCGGACGACGGCAUUGCGAUCUGCAAUGGCCUCGCGAGCGAGGUGGUGCAGCUCCCGCCUUUGGUGCGCACCGCCGAGGAACUGCACGCGUUCGGCGCAUUCUGUAGCCAUGGUCUUGUCGUCUAUCCUCCCGACGCACAGACCAUAGCGUCGCUCGAUGCGCUGCGCGACGUGUUUUACCUCGCGCGUCCCGUCGAGGAGCACGGCCGUGCGAUGGUGCGAGGCAAUCAGCUCGGCGCGCCGCACCAAGCCGUUUUCCCUUUGCACCCCCUCUGGCACUUGACCCUCGCUGCGGGCGAAGAAGUGGUGAGUGUGUUGGAUGCAUCGCGUGAUCAUAUAGCGAGCCUUGGCCGCGUUCUUGGCGACCGUUCUGUGCUGUACAAGUACCUGAAUCCCCACGCGCGCGUAAUUACAACGCGCACGCCUGCGAGCCAAGCCGUGGACGUGUAUAUCCUCGAUGCCGUCUCUGGCGCAGUGCACUAUCACAUGCACGUCCCCGAUGUUGCGUUGGAAGAUGGCGUGCAUACCACCUUUACGGAAAAUUGGAUCACGCUCGCGUAUGCCACCAGCGAGCCGGGCGAAAGCCUUUUGCGGCGGCUCGUCUCCGUGGAGCUUUUUGAGGACGACCGAGGCCAGGCGCAAAAUACCUCCAGUCUUGCGCGCGGCGCACAAACCGUUUCUGCCUAUGCACAUGCAUUCCUGCUUCCGUAUGGCCUCCGCGCCAUGGCCACGACAAGGACCACACUUGGCGUCACGACCAAGUCGCUUGUCGUCGCGACGGACCGCGACAACCUUGUGCUUAUUCCGCGCCGCAUGCUCGAUGCGCGACAGCCGUACGGCAAGCCCAGCCAAGCGGACAUGGAAGAAGGCCUCUUUCCCUACACGCCCAUGAUCCCCGACGAGUCGCAAUGGUCGCUCACGCAUGCCUACUUCCGUAUCCCCGGUAUCCGCCUGCUUGAGACGGCUCCUGCGCUUCUCGAGAGCAGCUCGAUGGUGUUUGCCGCGGGCAUCGAUUGGAUCUAUACCGUGGCCUCGCCUUCUGGUCAGUUUGACCGUUUGCAAGCGAGCUUCAAUAAGAUGCAGCUCGUCUUCACCAUCCUCGGUCUCUGUCUCGGGAUUCUGAUCACGACACCCAUUGUCAAAAUGCGCAAACUGAAUGCGCGGUGGUAG